GAUGAAAUCAAAUACCUCGUGUUAGCGUGCCCGCGAACGGCACUUGCCAAAUUUUCGAGGUUAGCGUUCGCGCACGAGCUUAAUCUGUACGAACACUAAGAGCAUUCGCACGAUAUUUCGAUCUAAGAACGCCGAUGUAAAAGCUUGCAACGUUUUCACAGUCAUGGCGGUGCGCGUGCAAUUCGAGAACAACAAUGAGAUCGGCGUCUUCUCCAAGUUGACGAACUCCUACUGUUUGGUUGCGAUCGGCGGCUCUGAAAACUUUUAUAGCGUAUUUGAGGCAGAAUUAGCUGAGACAAUUCCAGUUAUUCACGCAUCAGUAGCAGGAUGCCGUAUCAUAGGUCGACUGUGUGUUGCGAACAAGAAUGGAUUAUUAGUACCAAAUACAACAACAGAUACAGAACUACAACACAUUCGGAAUUCUUUACCAGAUAAUGUAAAGGUACAGAGAGUGGAAGAGAGACUCUCUGCUCUAGGCAAUGUUAUAGCAUGUAAUGAUUAUGUUGCCUUAGUUCAUCCAGAUUUGGAUAAGGAAACUGAAGAAAUUUUAGCUGAUACUCUGAAUGUGGAAGUAUUUAGACAAACUAUUGCAAGUAAUGUUCUUGUUGGUUCGUAUUCUAUUUUAUCCAAUCAAGGUGGUUUGGUGCAUCCGAAUAUGCCUAUUCAAGAGCAAGACGAGUUGUCUUCUCUUCUGCAAGUGCCACUUGCGACCGGAACAGUGAACAGAGGCAGCAAUGUAAUCGCUGCCGGUAUGGUCGUAAAUGAUUGGGCUGCUUUUUGUGGCAUGGACACAACUUCGACAGAAAUCGCCCGUAUCGAGAGCGUUUUCAAGCUUAACGAAGCUAAUCCCGCUCCUAUUACAUCGAGUAUGCGUGCACCUUUUAUAGAAAGUAUGUCGGAUUUAUAAAAGAAAGGACCUCUUUAAAAUACUGGAAAAAGUAUGUUGGACUAUACAUUAUCUAUGUGUACAUAAAAUAUUUAUGGCUUUAUCAGCACAAUGUUUCUUUCGUCAACAUAUCUAUGACAAACAUUUCUUCGUGAUUCCGACAUAAGAUAAUACGUGUAAUAAGAUACUCUAUAUUAAAAUUUAUACAAAAUACAAUGUUCGUUUUUGUUCACACAUUUGAUUAACAGGAUAUACUUGUAAGAUAAACUUGCAAUCACUGACAUACAUUCUUAAAGAAAAAAACCAAUAAAUAUAAAUGAAAAAAAUUAAGCAUGGAAAAUCAAAUUACUUAUAUCACUUAUCUCGUAUUCUGUUCAUAGAAAUAAUAUCUAUAAUGAACAUUGUCAAGGUAAGCUUAUUUUUGACUACAAGCUAUAUACUAUAAAGUAUAUUAUAUCUCUGUAGUUUAAUAAUUGAAUAUUACUAUGUAUAAAACAGAAAUAUUCUAUUGAAAUAUAUUUUAAUCAAUAUUCUUUUUGAAUACAAACGCGUUUGAUGUCAAAAAUGUAAAUUAUCCAUCCUGUUGGUUUAAAUAAUAAAUGAACUAUUAGUAAGAA